CACAUCAUGGAGGUGAACUGGACAUCCCCACCUCCCACAUCGCUGGUGCCGGACACCAAUGGAGAUGACCAGUGCAGGAUAGACAUCACCGACGUGGCUGUAGACAUUGUCACGCUGCUCAUCUGCCUCUGUGGGCUGGUGGGGAACGGGGCUGUCCUCUGGCUCCUCGGCUUCCGCAUCCGCAGGAACCCCAUCACUGUCUACAUCCUCAACCUGGCUGUCGCUGACUUCACCUUCCUCCUCUUCAUGGUCACCUCAGGCCUCCUCUACAUGAUGGAGAACAUCUCCUGCUUCACGGCUGUCCCCCUGGUGUACCUGAGGUCACUUUUCCUGCUCUCACUGUUCUCCUACAACAUGGGCCUGUACCUCCUGACGGCCAUCAGCAUUGAGAGGUGCGUGUCCAUCCUCUGCCCACUCUGGUACCCGCUGCGCCGCCCCCAGCGCUUGUCAGCCAUGUUGUGUGCCCUGCUCUGGGCCCUCUCCAUCGCUGUCAUUGCUGCAGUGACUUCCCUGUGCCUGUUGCACGAGCAUGAGCACUGCCGGAUGGCUCUCAUCUCCAUGUACGCCCUCAACUUUCUCAUCUUUGCCCCACCCAUGGUCAUUUCCAAUAUGAUCCUGUUCAUUAAGGUCCUGUGUGGCUCCCAGCAGCGCCAGCCCAGGAGGCUCUACAUCGUUAUCUUCCUCACCGUCCUCUUCUUUCUCAUGUUUGGGGUUCCCCUCAGCAUCUGGAAUUUCCUGCAGCAGUUUAACUACACUGUUGCAUCCACUCAUGUUGUUUUCCUGCUUGCCUGCAUCAACAGCAGCAUCAACCCCUUCAUCUACUUCUUGGUGGGGAGCUGCCGGAGGCACUGCUCCUUGGUGCCCCUCCAGGUUGCCUUCCGGAGGGUCUUUGAAGACACGGGGGUCACUGUGAUCUCCAGCUAAGAGGCUACUGUGGUCACGCUGGCUGUGCUGCCCACCCUGGCUUCACCCUCAGCUGCCCACCCUCACUCCUGGCCAGGCCUGUAGAUCACCUUCCUGCAGCUGUGUGUUGGGAUGCAUCCCAUCCCUUAUCCCAUCACCAUUCCAUCCUGAUCUCAUCUUGUCCCCCUCCCCACCUCCACUCCUUCCCUGUCCCCAUCCCAUCCAACCCCUUCCCUGUCCCAUCCCAACCCAUCCCAUCCCAUUCCAUUCCCACCCCUAUCGCAUCUCCAUCCCAUCCCCACUCCAUUUUCAUCCCACCUCCACCCCAUCCCAUUCCCAUCUCCCUCCCCAUUCCUUUCCCACCUCCAUCCCAUCUCCAUCCCACCCCUGUCCCAUCUCCAUCCCAUCCCCAUCCUACCCACGUCCCACCUUCUUCCCAUCUCCAUCCCCGCCCCAUCCCAUCCAACCCCCAUCCCCUUCUCCAUCCCCAUCCCAUCCCGUUCCCAUCUCCAUCUCCAUCCCCACCCCACCCUCAUCCCAUCCCCAUCCCCUCCCGCAGCCCGUCCCGUUCCGGAGGCCGCCGCUGGCCUCUCCCGGCUCGGCGCUGGGCUCUGCUGCCCCCCAGCGAGGGAAGCGGGCGGCAGCCCCGACGCCCCCCCGCCCCCCGCGGCUCUGGGGGGCUCGGGGCGCGGGCGGACGGAGUCCGGCAG